UCGCUCCAUAUGUAGAAAGCAACAGGUCUUAAUCCUGCCUGUGCACGGCCACAAGAAGCUGGUGGUUGGCCCUGAACUGUCGACUCUGAAAAACUUUUAUUUCAUCCUCUGUACAUAUAGAGACCUGUAAACUGGAGCACUGAUGUUUCGGGUGGUGGCUGAGCACGCAAAGAGGCACCCCGGGCUAAUCCCCCAGUUCUUCUUUAUCUGCCUGGGAAUGGGUGGUGCGUCCUUAUAUCUUAUCCGGCUGGCCAGAGGACCACAUGUCACCUGGAACAAGACAGAUAAUCCUGAACCAUGGAAUAACCUCGACCCCACAUACCAGUACAAGUUUGUGGCAAUCACCACAGACUACAAAAACCUGAAGAAGGAGGGUCCUGAUUUCUGAACCGUACAGCUCAGAGUCAAACCGGAAGAAACGAAGAUCCGGAUCUGGACUCGGAUUUCUUUCUCUCUUUGUCUUUUCCGACAUCAGCACUGCAGGUUUUGGGCGAACCCAACUCUUAAAUCCAGAUGUUUGGUUUUAAAUAGCAGCUGGUUGCCUGGUAAAUGUGACAGCAAACUAUCGAAACUGCUCACUGAAAGACGCAGCACACACAGAGUUUCUGCCUGUGUUUGUCCCUUUUUACACUACGGCUUGUUUUUCAUAGUCAUACUUGCUUCCAAUUUUCAUCACUGACAAUUAUUAUCUCAAGGACAUAGCCUUGUUUUGGAAAUAUUGGUUCCACUUUAAUUUUCAUAGCAUGACACUGAAAACAAGCAAAAAAAAAUAAAAAAUAAAAAACAUACAUUAAUCUAAGUACUUUGUAGGUUUCCAGAUAUUCAUCCUAAAUGUAAAUAGCAUGUAAAAUAUGCGAAGAAAAAAAUGCACCAAAACAACCCUGCUUCAUUUUUCCUCUUUAUUAUCCCAGCUUUUUAUAGAGCAAUGCCGUCCUGCCCUGCAGCAGCAGUCAUUGUCAGCAGAGUGUUUGUACUUCAUAACCGACUGUAAGUUCAGCUGUCACUUAAUUUACCAGUGAUUGCGUCACUUAUGAAAGCAUCGGGUGCUUUAAUCACAUUAUAUUCUUUCAAUAAAUGAACCGCAGAUUGA